AAGCAAGAGCUUGUGAAUCGACCCUCUCAUUCUUUACAAGGUGAAGUCAACGAAAUUAAACUGCGAGGCGGGGCGGACUACAGGCCCCUGUGACAAAAAACCUUUUGCUCUGGGCUCGUUUCAAAGUUUGACUCUGGCUAAAGAAGAGCAGGUGAGUAACUGGAGUGUUUCAAAACCAUGAGAACAAACUCAAACCUAAAAACAAGUCAAGAGUGGACAAUGUGUACUUUCUCCUCCUGUGUCCACAUCUCCUCUGUAUGGUACGGCAUUGUUUCAACUUUAAGGCUUAAGGUCCGAUUGUGCGGUUAAAGCCAACUACCCCUCCUGUGUUAUUCACAGCAACAUUUACCCAGACAGAUCAAAUGAAUUAUUCUGACAGUCUGCCAAAGGCUGCAGCGUGCGCUCGUAUGCGUGUAGCCGCAGGCUCCGGCUUCAAACCUAUAGAUGGAUUAUGAUAAUUGACUGAUCUGCAUUCACCUAGGGUAACGUAACCUCUGGAGGGAGAAAAGGGGAACUGCGUGGGAGGGUUGGAAAGGUGGAAAGCAUGUAAAGAGAAAACUAAGUAGGGAGGGGAAGGAAAGAUCUCACACAGAAAGAAGAGGUUUAAUAAACAAGGCGGACGGUGUGGUUCUAAAGAAAGGAAACAAUAAAAAGAAAAAGAGAGUGAUUAUAUUUCCGCCGGGACAGUCUGGGAGGUGAAAGAAGAAGAGGGGCGAGAUCAACGAGGGAGGCGAAUGAAAGGGCGCAGGAGAGGAUGGAGAGGCAUUCCUGGCUGCUGGCAUAAAAGCGGCGAGGAAGAGGGAAAGCAGCUAAUCUGAAAUCCAGAUGCCUUGGGGACCAGCAGAGGGUCAAGCAAACAGAGCGCUCCAUCCCCUCCACGCACUCUCUCCUCGCAGAUCAACGGGACGAGGACAAUCAGCUGGAUACUUGUUGACGUCGGUGUCUCUAGUAGAACUUUGUCCAUCUCAAGGAGUUGGUCGUUUUCUCUCCUUAGACAGUUUGUUUUCCAUCUCCUGGAGAAAUUCCCAGGUAUGUUGACAUUGGGAGGAUUCUGACAGACCUCCAGUCAUGGGGCUUUUUUUCUGCACCAAAUCACUCUGCGGGCUGGCUGCAGCGUGGUUCCCCCUGUUCUUCUCAUCACUCCUACUGCAUUCGCUGGUCCACGGUGUUCCAUCCUGUCCGCGGAGCUGCAGCUGCCCAGGCACUAAGGAGGUCCACUGCACCUUCAGACAUCUCGCCACCAUUCCCAAGGCCUUCCCUAAAACCACAGAGAGGCUCAACCUGGGUUACAACAGCCUGACAGAGGUGGAGGGGUCAGAGUUCAGGUCGCUGCGGCAACUGGAAAUGCUCAUGUUGCAUGGAAAUGACAUUAGCAUGGUCCAGACUGGGGCUUUCUACACUCUACGGUCACUGCAGAUCCUGAAGCUGAGCUAUAACAAGCUCACAUCAGUGAGUUCUGGUCUCUUCGAGGGCCUGGUCACUCUGAUCCGGCUCCACCUGGAUCACAACCUUAUCAAUUUUAUAGAGCCCUACUCCUUUUCUGGUCUGACCUCUCUGAAACUCCUACAACUGGAAGGGAACCAGCUGAACCAGAUCCAUCCUCACACCUUCAUAACGGUCUCGGUACUAGGAAGCUUUUGGACCUCUGGACUCAAACACUUACAUCUGGCAGAUAACCUGCUGGAGGAGCUUCCUCCUGCGGCGCUAAAAACGGCUCCCAGGCUGGAGCUCCUCACGAUCCAUGGUAAUCCCUGGAACUGUGACUGCCAGCUUCACUGGUUUGUGGAAUGGAGCACUACUCACGAAGGAGUAGUGAAAUGUAAGAAGGAGCGCGGCUCUGCUGAGACGUGCCCUCAGUGCUCACAUCCUCAACUCCUGAACCAGACCCAGCUCCUGGAGCUGUCUGUAGGCAAGCUCGUCUGUGAACGCCCAGUUCUUCGAUCCCCCCUCAAACAAUGGGACAAUCCUCUUUGGGCAGAGUCUGAAGCUGAGCCUGACCUCCCAUACACUCAGGACUUAGAAAAACCUUUGGGCGAACUGACCAUUGUUCUCUCAGACAGCCAUGGAAACCGGGCUUUUGUGUCAUGUGACGUGCGCCAUCCAGGCGAUAGCUCACCCAUUGCAUGGGCUUCAAAUCCUCAGUCGCCCAUGGAGAUAUCUGUGAAUGUGUCACUGGUGACCAUCCUGGAGUGCGAGAUCGAUCGAGAAACGCUGCAAAAUCUCUGGCAACUGGUCGCUUACUACUAUGAAACCCCAGCAAUUUUAGAGAGAGGUCAACAGAGGGUUAAUACUAGCAAAGUUACGUAUCAGUAUUCCCAGGCUGUCAAUGAGAACUCACCCUAUUUCACAGAAUUAAAAGGAUAUUUAGAAGCGGAACCAUCUUGGCUGCUACAGCCUAGAGUCACAGUAAAGCUAAACAGGCAACAGACAACAACAAGGAAACUUGUCAUGGAUUUCACCACUUUAAUCACAAAAAACAUCAACAACCAUGAGAGGCAAGAGGAUGACAACGAUGUUACUUCCUCCUGGGCAUUAAUCCGUAGAGGAACAACUGGAAGGGUUCAAACUGCUCCGGAGGGUACACAGGUCCAUUUAGAGUGCAGUGCUGUUACCUCUGACCCAGAAGUAAAAGUAGAAUGGAUACUUCCUGAUUUAUCCACAGUAGAGGAAGCGACAGAUAAGGUAGAAAUAUCUGAAAGAGGCCAGCUUGUAAUUUCCAAUGCCUCUGUCUCUGACUCAGGUCUCUACCACUGCAUCGUUCGAAGCAAAGCUGCUGUGGACUUGAUGUCACUUAGGCUUACAGUCAAAGAGCAGUCACUUGGUCCAACAGCUUUAAAUGGGCAGAAAAUUAUGCUUGAGACAGGGGACUCUCUGUCUCUUCCUUGUGAGGUGACCUCAGCUCAGCCAAGUCAAACCUUGUGGUACCUGCCCAAAAACCAAGUUCUCCUGCCGACGCAAAAGACGAGAAGAGCAGAAGUGAUGGAGAACGGCACUUUGGUGGUUAGGAAGAUGACACAGGAGGAUGCAGGGGAAUAUAGCUGCUUGGCCUCUAAUCUGUACGGAGUUGACAUGCUUUCUCACAUGGUGGAAAUAACGGGAGUAAAGGAUGUAGAAAAGACCAAAGUACAGACUGACAGAGAACCACUUAUUUUGCCACUAGAAACGGAUGAAGGGGAGGGCUCAGGGGGUGACUUUCAAGAGACUAUACGGCCUUUUGCUACGCAGCUUCCAGAGAAGGUAAGACGACCAAACAAUGGCUUGUUUAAGAGAACACGUAUGAAAAAUUUAAAGAGAAAGCCCAAUAAAUCUGUUAAGGAAUUGGAUCCAAAUCGAUGGGCGGAGAUACUGGCCAAAGCUAAAGCUAAACCGAGUGUUCCUCUGCCUACUGAGCAGUCACUAGAAGAGCCCAGUACAGUAACAAUCCAAGCUAGCACUGUGAAAACCUCAACUUCUAGUGUGAACACAACUGCAGAGACUUUAUUGUAUUUUACAACCCUUCAUUAUACAAAGCAAAAUAAAUUUUCCUUUCAACGAAAAGUCAAGCCUGAAUCCCAUUCAAGAAAUGGAAAAAUGGAGGAUGUCUACAAAGUACAAAAAAUACAGCAAAAUCAGCUUUUGGUUGUAGACCCUGUUAUCCUUGGAAGUACAAUACCAUCCUUACAGCAUGUUCAACACACCCCAAAAACAGUACAAAGUUUCACAACUCCACCUAAUCUCCUUGUCAAACAACCAGAAACCAAGCAAAUUGACGGGGGAAGAAGAAACUUUGUUCCUGAUUGGUCUAACAGGAGAAGACCCUUUCAAAGACGUAGAAAGCCCCCAAUGAGAAAACUCAAACCACACAAAAACCCCUUCUACCAAACAUCUAACCACCCCCAAGGAACUGUUCCUCAAAAAACAAUUACCACACCAACUACAACCACCACUACUAUAACUACAACCACGACCACUACUACAACAACAACCACCCCUUCUCCAACUACACUGGGGUACAGUGAACCCCUCUCUGCUGAGUAUGAGAUAGAAGACAACAAUGAGAAAUACUAUGAAGAUUAUGACUACAAGAGUGGCGAAAGCUUGGAAGCUACAGACGAUGUAAUUAGUGAAAUCUCUCCUGCCACCCAUCUCCAUGAUAGCAUUACCCCCUCUCCACCAGUCAGAGAAAAAAAUCCUCAUCUGAAUCAACAAGAAUUACCUAAUCCAAAGACCAUUCCCACUUCAAAGUUGGAGACUCAAAUUUUAAAGAGAACUGAAGAUGUAGUAGACUUUGAGAAAAGUCCGGUGGAGAGAGAAUGGCUCAAAGGACAAACAGAAGGAACUGAGAGCAACAAUGAAAGUAAUGAUAAAAUCCUUGCAAGAGUAAAUGAGAGGGAGAAUAUGAAUGCAUCUGAGGAGCAAGAAAAAUUUACAAAGGGAGGUGAGAGACACAAAGAAAAAUCAAAAGCGGAGAUAGUUACUCAGAGCUACAAUUCACAAGAUGAAUUUCCGUUAACCUCCCGUAACAGACAAAGAGUUACCACAAGACCUUCACCUGAUCAAAACCGGCCUGCACAACCAAAGACAACAAAACCAACUAAAAAGACUGAAAACCACCGCCCACAAGUUAUGGAACCACUUCAUCCUUGGCUGCAUCAGAACAGUCAUGAAAGAGGACAAACCAGCAGUUCCAGAACUACACACACAGAUCAGGACAGAAAAGCAGUAAGACAUGGUCAAGUAAAUCCCAGCAGUCAUUCACAGCCCCCUAAAGUUCCUCCAACCUCCCGCUGGUCCACACAUCAUCAUCAUCAUCAAUACUAUCCCAUGUACCCUUCCUGGUCUGGUCAAAGGCCAUUCCCUCACCCAAGGCAAGGGCUGACACCCACUCAUCGACCCUGGCCUUUCCUUCACCCAUGGAGUCAUGGSUCGUUUGUCACAAACCGACCAGAAAUAACAGCUGAGACUGCAAAACCCACACCCACUGUCUCAGGAAUAGACCUUUCCAAAUUUCUACCACCCAAUUUCUAUCAUCAUAAUCAUCAAAAUCACCACGUUGACAGCAAGACCCAAACAAGAGAUCAUCUGUUUCUUUCGAGGCUCAGAAACCGAUACAGACAGGCCCAGCUUGAUCGGAUUGCUCAGCUCGGAAGGAUAGCCACACCCAAACCCCGGGUUGGCUACAAACCUCCUCCUCCAGUCACACCUAAAAAAGACUCUCCGCCCCUGCAUAGACCUUUAACUCUGAAACAACCAGCAGCCACUGCUUCAUACUUUUACUCCCAUGAGCACUUGAAGCCUGCUAAACCGUCACAUUCAUCAUUCCUUGAACUCCCCCCAAACCCUCCUGGAAACCCACCAACGUCUCUUGCUCUGCAUGUAGGACAAAUCAACCCCCCGAAUCCAACAGCUGCUGCUCCUUUCCCGUGGUUGUUUGGAGUUAAUGGGAUGAAACCUCGUAUAACCACACUUAGUACAGCAAGUGUGUCAGUGCUGGCUGAGGAUGAUGUGCUCCUGCCCUGCAAAGCAUCUGGGAACCCUGAACCUAACAUCGCUUGGACCAAAGUCUCUACAGGUGCCAGUAUCCCAGCCAACACCAAACACGGGUCACGUUUUGAAGUCUUCAGGAAUGGAACGUUCCUCAUUAAAAAUGUGCAACUUCAGGAUCGAGGACAGUAUCUCUGCACAGCACACAACAGGUUUGGAUCAGAUCGUAUGGUAAUCACCCUAGCAGUCCAGACAGAGGCUCCCAGGAUCCAGCCGCCUAAGACCCCAGAACUAUCUAUCUACUUAGGGAAAACUGUGGCAUUCGACUGCCUCGCUUCUGGGAAACCACCUGCCCAGAUUUCCUGGAUUCUCCCAGACAGGACGUUUGUGCGAGACCCCGGAAUCAUUCACACUGUCCUUUCUCCAAUGUCUCUGCUUCAGAACGGGACGCUCAGAAUUCACUCAGCCAAUUUCUCCAGCAAAGGAGACUACAAAUGUAUAGCAAGCAAUGCAGCUGGUGCUGACACAGUCACUUAUCAACUCCAUGUGGCAGCUUUGCCUCCGAGCAUAAGUGAAGGAGUACAGGACACAGUGAUCAUUCAACCAGACAGGAGCAUGUAUGCCCACUGCUCUGUGAAGGGCGAGCCAGUGCCUGCUCUCAAAUGGACACUUCCAUCGGGCGUCCAUGUUAAAGCAUCACAAUUUCUGGGACGCAGAGUAUUCGUCUUCCCAAACGGGACACUGUUCGUAAAGAAUGUUAUGCCAUCCGAUGGUGGGAGGUACGAGUGUUUGGCCAGCAACGCAGUGGGUGUUGCCAAGCGAACAGUCCUGCUGGAGGUGAGAGAAGAUUCCUCCUCUUUAUUUGGCCAAGGUCCUCCUCCUCUUCCCAUCCCACCAACCCAGAGUCAUGGUUCUCCAUCCCGUCAACAUGUUGUGUCAGCUUUGUAUGGUUCUGCUGUCUACCUCCACUGUCCAGAGUCCACUGGAUCCUCAAGAGGGACUUUCUGGCAGCUGCCCUCUAAGAUCAUCCUGGAGCAUCAAUACAGCCCAGAGAGACCAAUUAAAGUUUUUCGUAAUGGGACCCUCAGGAUCCUUCAGCUAACAGAGCUGGAUGGUGGAAAUUAUCAGUGCAUCUUUCAGAGGCCUAAUGGGGAAGACAUGGAGCUUUUCCAGGUAGAAGUGCUGAUGACUCCCCCUCGAAUUGAACAUGUAAGGACCACACAGACCAUAGUGACUUUCGGAGAGAAUUUCCAGGUGGAUUGUGUUGCGACAGGCCUACCCAACCCAGAGGUCUCCUGGAGUCUUCCAGAUGGAACAUUGGUUAACAAUGGCCUUCAGUCUGACGACAGCGGCCUUCGCAAUCGACGUUAUGUGAUGUACAGGAAUGGAACUUUACUUCUUCAGCAGAUGGGCAGAAAAGACGAAGGGGACUACACUUGCCAUGCAAUGAAUAAACUAGGCAAAGAUGAAAGAAAACUCAGUGUCAAACUGGGAUCAAAUGCUCCACAAAUUGGAUUAAAAUCACAAUCACUUGUGAAAGUGAAACUGGGAGAGUCAGUCAAACUGAGCUGUCAGGCAACAGGUGAGCCUAAACCCAGAAUCACAUGGAUCUCACCACAUACGGAUGUGAUACCACCACAGUCAGACAAAUACAGGGUUGUAGAUGACGGAACGUUAAUUUUGAAGAAAGUGACACUGGCCGAUGAAGGGAAAUAUGCCUGUGUGGCACGAAAUUCUGCAGGUGAUGAUAUUAAAAACAUGAUAGUUGAAGCUGAACUCCAGGAACCCUACAUCAACGGUGUGAGAGGGAAGACUACGGCAAAGCUUUUGACUGUUUCCUACCAAACAGCACUUCUGGAUUGCAGAGUGGAGGGAAAACCUGAACCCAAGGUCUGGUGGCUCACUCCAUAUGGCCACUCACUAACACCACCCUACCUUGGCGGUCGCUUCCAAGUCCACCAGAACGGAAGCCUAGAGCUGAGGGGUGUUAGGAAGACGGAUGCAGGCAGGUACAAGUGUUUUGCUAAAAAUCACCUGGGUGAAGCCUCCCUUUCAGUUGAGAUGGAAGUGGCGUCGCUAGCUGAGAAACCCAGCUUUGCCAGUCCUAACAUUGAGAUCUUACCAAUUAAGCAAGAUGGUGGUGAACUAAUUCUGGAUUGCCCUGCUCGCGGCACACCAAUCCCAGAGAUUUCUUGGGUACUGCCCAACGGGACCAUGUUAUCACCCGGACGGAGACUUCAGCGUAUUACUCACCAUUUUGGAAAUGGGACUCUGUGGAUCAAUCAGCCAACGCCAAGUGAUAAAGGAAUUUACCGGUGCCUAGCAAGAAACAUAGCAGGACAAGCAGAGAAACGUUAUUCCCUGGAGGCUGGCUGGAAACCUGUGAUCAGAGGAACAACAGGUGGAAUGAAGAUCACUUAUGGACUCAGUCUGAACCUACCUUGCACUGUUGAUAGCUGGCCACAGGCACUGAUUACAUGGACCCUACCCAAUGGAGUAGUUUUGGACAAACCACAGAAUGUUGGUCGAAUAUCUUUCCUCACCAAUGGAACCCUACACGUGAGGCAGAUUGCCCCCUUUGAUAAGGGAACAUAUAUUUGUAGAGCCUCGAACUCUUUUGGAUCCUCAACUCUAUCUUACCCCGUUAUCGUGAUGGUUUUCCCUCCCCGGAUCACGAGCACAAUGGCUUCCAUCACAAGAGUCAUUCGAGGAACCCCAGUCAUGCUACGGUGUACGGCGACAGGCAUUCCAAAGCCAGAUAUUUCGUGGACAUUACCUGGGCGCACCACGCUGUUACCUCACAACCACUACACAGUGCAGGGAGGGGUUCAUAUGACAGAUGGGGGUAGUCUGGUCAUACAGAAUCCUGUCCUGACAAACUCUGGAAUUUACAAAUGCAAUGCUAAAAAUGCCCUUGGAACAGAUUUCAAAUCAACAUACCUACAAGUCAUUUGAGGACUCUCAUAGCAGACUAUGACUGAGUGAAAAUUCUUUGUUGAGGACUGACUAAUCAUGAUCAAGAUGUUCUGCUGGCAGAUGUAAAACAGCUUGACCUGUGGCUUUGAAGCUUGAGAUACCAUGGAUACGAUUUUUCUGUAACUACAGUACUUGUUUUGCAUUUCAAGUUUUGUUCAACUCUGCAGAUUCACACUGAAAUAUAUGUUUAUGAAGAAUAUUUUUCUAUAGGAAGCUUUGGUUUCUUGACCUUCUACCUUUAUUGGCAUUCCAAAAGUUUCAUGUGGCAUUGUUGUUGAUCUUCUGUGUUUGAAUAUUCUAGGGGUAGGCGCUCAAUAUGGCUGGGUGUAAUCUGGUGCUUAUAUCUAGACAUAGCUAUCUCUGUUAUGGUAGAAAUAUAAUUUACAGUGUUUUCAACUGUGUCUAUAUCCAUGUCUUAAAAUCUUUAAGGAAUUUAGCGUUUCAUGAAACAGUACAGUUCAUCACAAAAUGUUAUCCUGAAUGAGUCACCAUCAAAUAUAAACUGGACACACACCUGUU